AGAUAUUUAUAUAAAACAAUGAUAUAUCAUAAUGUAUUCAUUAAUUAUAGAUAUGGUAGUUGAAAUAAUUGAACGAAUGAACGAACUAAGACCGUAGAUGAGAGGCGGCUACAAUCACAACCGUCGAAUUAAAUUCAAACGCGUCGCGCGUGUACGCGUGGGUGACUUAUUUCCUUCGCGCGUUUUCGCACCUUCUUCGCAGCAUCUACUACGAAAGAUACUUAACAAAAUUCAACGUGCUUAUUAACAAACCGAGUCAGUGGACUAAGUGAAACUCACUCACACAAACGUUGACUCAGUAAACUCGCUCGUUCCAAAUUAAACAUUAUUUAAAUUAAAAUCACCGCCUUCUUCUUCGACACACCAUCGCCUUGACGGUUUCUAGAGAGAGAGAAAAAUUUCUUGAGAGAGAAAGUGCUGUUUGUUUGUUGCAGUUAAGCGAACUAGCGAGUGUGAAGAAAAUCAAUGGCCGGAGUUAAUCAAAACGGCGUCGCUGAGUUUCCGGCGGUUCAGACUCAUGGCGGUCAAUUCGUUCAGUACAACGUGUUCGGUAAUCUCUUUGAAGUUACUUCUAAGUAUCGUCCUCCGAUCAUGCCUAUUGGUCGUGGUGCUUACGGAAUCGUUUGUUCGCUGUUGAAUACGGAGACGAAUGAGUUGGUUGCUGUGAAGAAAAUUGCAAAUGCUUUUGAUAAUCACAUGGAUGCGAAGCGUACGUUGCGUGAGAUUAAGCUUCUUAGGCAUUUAGAUCAUGAAAAUGUAAUUGGUUUAAGAGAUGUUAUCCCUCCACCCUUGCGUAGAGAGUUUAAUGAUGUCUACAUAACUACUGAGCUCAUGGAUACUGAUCUUCACCAAAUCAUUCGCUCCAAUCAAAAUCUGUCAGAUGAACACUGUCAGUACUUCUUGUAUCAGAUUCUUCGUGGGCUAAGGUAUAUACAUUCUGCAAACAUAAUCCAUAGAGAUUUGAAACCAAGCAACCUGUUGUUGAAUGCAAAUUGCGACUUGAAGAUUAUUGAUUUUGGUCUUGCACGGCCAACUAUGGAAAGUGACUUCAUGACAGAAUAUGUAGUCACAAGAUGGUAUAGGGCUCCUGAGUUGUUGUUGAACUCCUCAGAUUACACCUCUGCUAUAGAUGUUUGGUCUGUUGGUUGCAUUUUUAUGGAGCUCAUGAAUAAAAAGCCUCUGUUUCCUGGCAAAGACCAUGUGCAUCAAAUGCGCUUAUUGACAGAGCUUCUUGGCACUCCAACUGACGCUGACGUCGGGUUAGUGAAAAAUGAAGAUGCGAGAAGAUACAUCCGACAACUUCCUCAAUAUCCUCGCCAACCUUUAAAUAGGGUUUUCCCACAUGUUCAUCCCUUGGCCAUUGAUCUCGUCGAUAAAAUGUUGACGAUUGAUCCUACCAGAAGAAUUACAGUUGAAGAAGCACUAGCCCAUCCAUAUCUUGAAAAACUACAUGAUGUAGCUGAUGAACCUAUCUGCAUGGAGCCAUUCUCAUUUGAGUUUGAGAGACAGCAUUUGGAUGAAGAACAAAUAAAGGAGAUGAUCUACAGAGAGGCAUUAGCACUCAAUCCUGAGUAUGCUUAAAUCAGAAAGAUAGAAGAAGGAAUAUUAAGUUAAUAAGCAAUUUUUUCAUCAAAUUUCCAGCAGUACAAAGGAUUAAGUUGAAUGAGAAUUCAAUCUGUUCCCAGCUCAACCCUAGGUAAGUUCAAUCUGUGUGUUACUAGUUAGGCGCAAUUAUAGCUUAGGUACCAAGGAGUACCCUGCCUUCUGUUGUAAAGUGUAAUGUAAUGAUAUUAAAUUAAUUUUUUUUAACCCUGUUUUGUUGGGUUAGUUGUAUUUUCUUUCUUUUUUUUACGUCCUGUUACUGUAUUCUCGGUUGACUAAGGACUCAGCAUGUAAUUUUAUUAAGUUAUUUGAAUUGUUAUAACUUAUUGCUACCAUAAUUUAUGUUUUUUCCGCUAUAUUAUCGGUAUAGUGGAUAUGAAUUCAGUGAAUAAAAGAGAUAAGCACUUCCUGUA